GAUCGUAAACGCACUGAAACACAAACCUUUUCUGACAAACAGAAUUCCUAGAACCUCUGCCAGCUUGACGCGAACACACUAGCUUUCUGGGUCCGACCUUGAGUGCAUUAGGAUCCAGAGGAGCGAUUUCUCGGGAUUGUCUCUUCAAACUUUAUGAUUCAUCGUGGUGAAAGGUGUCCUGUCAGACAUGGUUGCCCCGGCUGUGACCACGAGCCAUCAUGUGGACCCGGAUCCAAUCUGCCCACAUCUACCCCAGACCCCCUCCGAUAGAGAUGAGGAUCUCUCCUGCAUCGCCACCACCUUCCAGUAUUUACAAACCUCAGGCUGGUACUGGGGUUCCAUCUCGGCGAGUCAGGCUCGGGACAAACUCCUGGCAAAGUCUGAAGGCACGUUCCUGGUGCGGGACAGCAGUCACCCUCAGUACAUGGUGGCUCUGUCAGUGAUGACCCACUGCGGACCGACCAGCGUCCGAAUACAGUACAAGAGGGGUUCUUUCUGGCUGGACUCCCUCAGUCCUGAACUGCCUCACCUGCAGUCCUUCCCUGACGUCAUCAGUCUCAUCCAGCGCUACAUUGGCUCGGCACACACGCCACACGGCCCGGCGACGUCGACCGAGGACGGUCGACUCUCCAAAAUAAAACCCAAUCAUGUUCACUCCCCCUCCCUCACCAAGGACAGCGGCGUGAUUCUGAAGCUGUUACGUCCCCUUCACAGGCCAGAGACCUUCCCUCGCUUACAGCACCUGGCACGCCUUACAAUCAACAGAAAUGCAAACUUCCUUGACCAACUGCCCCUCCCAAAGCCUCUCUUGGACUACUUGCACGAUUACCCUUUUCACAUAUGAGGGUCGCAGGAGGCUGCAAUUGGGAUAUGGGCGGGGUCAGCAACUUGCAGGUGUUGAGAGAUCAUGUGCUCAUGAAAAAAGUAUGUCUGACGACUGUUGUCCUCCACAAUAGUCUUCUUUCAUUAUAAUACACGAGACUUCUAUUUUCAUCAUCGCCAGGCUUAUGUUUGUAAAAAAAAAAAACUAAGAGUCUAAUAGCUGAAACUAGCAGCGGAUAUGAAACAGACACCAUCAUGUGGACACCACUGUGAUUUCCUAGUAGUAGGGAUCCGUGACACACGUUUUUCUUUUUCACGCCUGCUGUUGAACUGCAGCUAAGUGUGAGGAAACUACUGAUGUAUUUGCGUUAGCUUUCCGAGUGCAAAACCGAGCAGUUCUGAGAAAGCCUCUUAUCGGGAUUAGUGAGCGGUAGUUAUAAGCAAAUUGCUUCACCAGCUGUGAACAAGCCAUGACCCGAGUCAGCCCAAACAAAAAACAAGCGCCUAAACUAAAUAUAGGAGGUUUUUCCCUUUCAGGCCAGGUUUGCAAACAAUUCCCAUAGGUUGAAA